AUUCGACUGAUCGAAAUAAGUCAACCGAGUUCAAGCUAAAAUCUCUUCCUGAUUCACAUUUUUGUUUACAAUUUAUUCUUCCUUGAACGUAUUCGUGCAAAAAAAAAGAAAUAUUUUAAAACCGAUAUGUAAUCCAAAACUCGGAGGAAAAACAGUUCUUGAAAACUAAUACAAGAGACUCUUAUUUAACACAUUUUGACUGUUUUGACAUUAGAUUUCGCGAGUGAGCUAAAAUGUGUAUGGAUAAUUAACAAGGUGAUGAAACUAUUACAUAUCAUUAUGAAUUGGAAGAAUAUAACAAUGGCAGCUGAUUACAAACAUUAGCUGAUGGCGAAUCAAGGUGGCCGUGCCUCAUACCCACAUCUACCUCCUAAUACGGGUCAGGAUGGAACCGGUCCAACCGGUUCGAAUCCUUCACUGACAACUAAUCCUAACCAGCUAAGUGUUCAUAUGUCAAGAUCUGCUCCACUUGGUAGUGGUAGCAUUACCAAUCCUCCAGUUGGCUUGACUAAUUCAUCGACCACUUGGGGUGCAUCAAUUUUGUCCGGAAGUCUUUAUUUACCAAGUAACAGUCAAGCAACAGAGUCUGGUAGUGGUCAUGUAGCAAGUAGAAGUCUACCACUGGGGCCAAAUACUUCAUGGCCUUUAAGAGGCAUACCUGGAGGGAAUGCUUCAUUGUUGCCAAACACUGGAGUGUCGUCUGCUCCAAACACUGGACUGUUUCAGAAUACAACUGCUGGUAGCCGUGACAGUAGCUGUAGCAACAGUAGUAACAGCAGUGGAGGUUGUGAUUACGGGCAGAUCUUCGAAAAUGAAGAAGGGUGGGAUCUAGUGUUUGUACCCCAGCGUUCGGAGAAAUAUGACUGUCCUAUAUGUUUACUUGUCUUGCGUGAACCCAUGCAGACAGAGUGUGGACAUCGAUUUUGCCGUGCUUGUAUUCUUAAAUGGCUCAGGGAAUCGGAGGCAAGAUGUCCCGUGGAUAAUCAGUCUCUUGACGAGCGGCAAUUAUUCCCGGAUAAUUUUGCGAAAAGAGAAAUCCUGGCGUUAACUGUGAAAUGUCCCAAUCAUACAAAGGGCUGUGAUCAGACUACUGUUCUUAAACACUUACAGAUCCAUUUAGAAAAUUGUGUAUUCUCAUUAACUCCUUGUCCCAAUGAAUGUGCCAACAUAUUAUUACGUGGUCGAUUAUCAGAACAUCUUCUUAACCAAUGUCCAAAGAGAAUGAUCAAGUGCUCCCUUUGCCAAUCAGAACAUGUUGCAGAAAAACAGCAG